CAGCAAAGCCUGAAUUGCACCAAAGAAUAAAAUAAAAGAAGAAGAACAAGAGAGUUGUGGCCAACUAACUCGCCCCCAUAUUUAAGGAGUUGCUUUGCUACCCUCUUAGAAGAUUUUGCUCCCUCUGCUUCCUACUCCUCUAAACCAGACUGCUUUGCUCAUCUGCUUCUGCUUUGCUCUUCAUCUUCAGAGAGAACUUGGUCUAACGAUUUAGAAGCAAAGGCUGCUCUUCGGAGUUCUAAAACUGAGAGGCUAGUUCGUAGUUCCUGAGGAGCUCUUUUUCGUCAAGGGCUUGACCAAUGGCGAUAAAGAUGAAGGGGAUCUUCAAAGGGCUGAAGAUAAUCUCUCAGAUGUUUGUGCAUAAGGAACAUGAGAUGCAGAUCGGGUACCCUACAGAUGUAAAGCAUGUGGCUCACAUAGGUCUGGGCACCAGUGACACAUCUCCAAGCUGGAUGGCUGAAUUCAAGGGAACAGAGGAUUUGUCAGCAGGCCCUCUGAGCACAGCUGGGCAGUCGAGGCAGACUUCUUGGGCCUCUGCAGACUUUGAGCAGCCAAGAAGCAUGAUGCCCAUUGAGAUCUUCCAGGACAACAGCAAGCCCGGCCAAGAGGCCCCCUCUUGCCAUGACGUGCCAAGAGGAGGCCCGAGGAAGCCGAAGAGGAAGAAGAACAGGGCGUCGUCGCCUACCUCGUCUGCAAGGUCAUCGUCUUCAAGGUCAAGAACCUCAUUCGCGACCGCGUACGACGCCUUCAGUGAGUCGCAAAGAGGGUUCCGGGUUGCCUGAAUGGCAGAAAACCAUGCGUGAAUGCAGAUCACCAUGCCUGUAAAUGUUUUCGGUUUAGGGAGACAGCUUGGUUUGGAGUUGUUUGAUUCUUUGUUUUCCUUUUACAGUCAGACCUAGAUGGAAAUCCAAAGGAAAAAUGGCUUAAAUUAAUGUUUG